GAGGACUGUCAGUUUGAACGGAUACAUCCCCGCGUUCCGAUUGGAUGUUGGAGCUGUCCGCUGCUUAUGACGUCAGGAAGACCUCUGAGCGUGUUUAUUAGCUGUUAGCAUAGCAGCAGCGUUACUGUCCCACGCGCGCGGCUCCCAGACCAAAGGCGCGUGUGACCCGGGUUAAAUGUGAGCGUCCGCAGAGGGGUCAUUCCGGGAGAACGGCCGUUUUCCAGGCGCGGGGAGCAGGAGGAGCCGGAUCACCAUCAGCCUCGGAGAACCAGAUGGAUAAAAAUACCAGAAAACUGCGGAAUGUGGACAUCAACCCCUGCACUGAGGAGAGCGAUGCUUCUCACAAGUGUUUGGACCACUACAACUACGACAAAAGCAUGUGCUCCGUCUACUUCCAGAGAUAUAAGAACUGCAGGAAGUACUGGCACAACAUCAUGGUGCAGAGGAGGAGAGACGGAGUGAAGCCGGAGAUGCCCACUGCAGCGGAGCGGCUGGAGAUGCUGGACGCCGUGGGAGGCAAACCUUACUAGGAUGGAUUCCAAACGCCUGCAGGAGCUGCGAAUCCACACAGACUGCUUCUUAUUUCGGCUCUGACUUGUUCUGACACAAACUGUAAAAAUGUCAUCAUCGCUAAUGUUUAUGUAAAAUAAAGAGACAUGCAACUAUUUCAUUAUAUCCUUGGUUCAGUUGUGUGAGGACACAACACAAAAGGCCUUCAGCUCUCAUCUGUUUGCUCAGUUGUUAAAACAUUGAAUAAAUCCAAAUGUUAAAAAGCUGCAGCUCUCGCGAGGGAAGCGACAUCUGACAGGUGACGGCUUUUGGUGGAACUAAAAACAGUGCAUUCAAAUUUUAUUAUCCUUAUGAAAUACUGUUUUAUUCAUGUCCCAUGAUUUAAAUCUGUUGUAAUUAUUCUUAAAGUCAGACUUUAAAGCGGUCUGUUUAGGUGACAGACGGAACAGCUGGUUAGCAUAGCAUCAUUAGCAUUAGCGGCUAACAACAGCGGCGUCUCCAAAUCAACACUUUUUAUUCAACUGUCUGUAAGCGAAGCAGCUUCAUCCUCCACUUCUGACUGGAUCCUGUUUAAAAUCGCAGCUUGUUCUGCGGUAAAAACGGGUUUAGAGGCCGCCGGGUGGACGGCGUCUCGCAUGCGUCCGUUUAUCUGGUGUGCUAACGCUAAGCGAGAGGACAAAGACAUCCACCAAAAGGAGAGCUAAUGCAUGACCAAGUUCACCCUCUCACUUUUACUCGCCAAAGAGGAGAAAGUCCUCACAACUAGCAAGUGUUAAUUAUAGACCCUUCAAAAUAAAAGUCUGUCAUGCUAGAUUAGAUUAGGACUAAGAUUAUUUGCUGAUGAAAUGAUUCCAUGUGUUCUUAGGAAAACAUGUCAGGGUGUAAAUAGUAAACAGACAAAAGCCAAUUUGGACCAUCCCUGAGUAGACGGAGGAUUAUAUUGGACUUUCUGAACCAUUUACAGAGGUCAGGAUUUCAGGGCUGUGUUGAAAAAAAACAACAUUGAUUGUGUUUAUUACUCAUCCAAGAAAAUGAGAAUAAAAGCAAAAUGGUUCUCUUU